CACCGUUUGAGCGCUAAAAUCGAUGUUCAUCAUGAGAGAGCAGGUGGAUGUGAUUCAUGCUGGAGAACAGCAGAUUCUGCAGACACCAGUGAAGAUUGAAGUGAAGCAGGAGGAGAUAAAAGAAGAAAUCACAACAGAGGAACAACAGAGUGAUGAUGAUGAUGAUGAACAGCAGAUGCUGCAGAUACCAGUGAAGAUGUGUUCAGUGAAGCUGCUGGACUGCAGGAACCUGAUGAAGAUGAGAGGAGAAAACACAGCAGAGGAACAACAGAGUGAUGAAGAGCUGAUACAAGUGCAAGAGGAAUGUCAAGAGCUGUAUGAAGUGGAGGAGAAACUUCAGUAUCAGAAACAUCAUGAUUUCACAACUGGAGAAGAAUCUUCAAGUUGCUCACCAAAAGAUCCUCAAAGAAGAGCAACCAAAGAUUCUUUAACCUGCUCUCAGUUUGGAAAAUGUUUCACGUAUAAACACAAUCUUAAUAAGCAGACAAGUGUUCACACAGGAGAAAAACCUUUCACGUGCCAUCAGUGUGGAAAGUGUUUCACAAGUAGAUAUUAUCUUCGAGUACAUGAAAUUGUUCAUAGUGGAGAAACGCCUUUCACCUGCCAUCAGUGUGGAAAGGGUUUCACACAAAAAGGACAUUUUAUUGAACACAUGAGAGUUCAUACUGGAGAGAAACCUUACAUGUGCCAUCAGUGUGGAAAGAGUUUUGCAUCUGCAGCUACUUUCAAGAAUCAUCUCCGCCGUCACUCUGGAGAACGGCCAUUUGAAUGUGAUCAUUGUGGUAAAACAUUUGUUUUGAGUUCAGACCUAAACCAACAUCUUAAACGGUACACAAAUGAGAAGCCACACAAAUGUUCUUUUUGUGGAAAGGGUUUUGCACACCUGUGCUUUUUGAAUGCGCACCAGAAAAUACAUACUGGCGUGAGGCCUCAUAAGUGCUUUGAAUGUGGAAAAACCUUUACAGCAGUUUCCAGCUUGGAAAAGCACCAACUAAUUCAUACUGGAGAAAAACCAUACAAGUGCUCAUACUGUGACAAGAGUUUCACUCGGUCACAAAACCUGAAAACGCACAAGAGAAUUCAUACUGGAGAGAAACCGUACAAGUGCUCUCACUGUGGAAAGAGUUUCACUCGGUCACAAUAUCUGAAAGCACAUGAGAGAAACCAUACCACUGCUCUUCAUGUUUCCACACAGCAGAUCAUGUAGUUACUCACAUGAAAAGUUGUUACCCAAAGUAAUCACAGAGAGAAGUUUUGCUUAAAAACUAAAAACAAAACUGCUUAAAGCAAGUUUUACUAGGGAAAUCUUAAAGGGACAGUUCACCCAAAAAUGAAAAUUCUCUUAUGAUUUACUCACCCUCCUGACACCCCAGAUGUGAAUGACUUUCUUUCUUCUGCAACACACAAAUUAAGAUUUUAGAAGAAUAUUUCUGCUCUCCAUACAAUGCAAGUGAAUGAGUGUCAAAUAUUUAGCUCCAAAAUUCACAAAAGGGCAACAUAAAAGUAAUCCAUAUGACUCUAGUGGUUAAAUUCAUUUAAUCAGAAGCGAUAUGAAAGGUGUGGUUGAGAAACGGAUAAAUAUUUAUCUCCUCUCUGCCCAGUAGUGGGUGAUAUGCAUUAAGACUGAGAAUCACCAAAAGCAGAGGAAGAAAAAUGGGAAAGUGAAACUGAAGUGUAGAUUGACUGAGCAGGGAGGAAAAUUUUACUGUAAAAAAAAGUCCUAUCACACACCUGUCAUAUCGCUUGGAUCGCUGAAGAUAUGGGUUUAACCACUGGAGUCAUCUGGAGUACUUUUGUGUUGCCCUUAUGUGGAUUUUGGAGCUUCAAAAUAUUGGUCACCAUUUGUUUGCAUUAUAUGGGCCUUCAGAGCUGAAAUAUUGGUAAAUGGUAUGCACUUAUAUAGCGCCUUUCUAACCUUAGCGGUUAUCAAAGCGCUUUACACUGUGCCUCAUUCACCCAACUGCUCCAACUAGUUCACAAAUCAGACUGAUCGCUCCACUUGUAACAGUUCUCGAGUCAACAGUACAUUGAGUCAAUCACAGCAGUUUGUGAGUCAACAGUACAUUGAACUGAGAAUCGCCUCUUUCGGACAUAAUACUGAGAACUGCCGAUCAGUGAGCUGCUGAUGAGCAUGCGUGAAACGAGGACUUGAAUGAGGGGGCAAAACGUUUCAGUCGAGAGGUGUAAAUACAUUUUUCUAUUGAGUGUUGUGCAUGCAGAUUAUAUCUGAAGUUUUGAUGACCUGGUUCAUGGUUUCUGUUAAAAAGGGUGAGUUAAGACAAGUUUAAUCACUUUAUAUGUUUAGACGUGUAGAUUAUUUUCGUUUGUAUAUCAGUGUCAGUGUGCUUUAUGUACAAAACUUUAAUGUAGGAUGUGUUGACAACUGAAUGAAACUCUGACAAUAAACACCCUUAUAAUUAUAACUUAAUUAAAUAAAAUGUAAUAA